CUAUCCUCCGUGCUGCAGAGCGGCUGUUCUGACUUGAAUAACUAUUUUCGGGGACCAAUGGGACGCUACCUCCUCAAUGUGACCACAGCAGCAAAGGAGUGCAGCCAGAAAUUGUGCAAAUUUAACGGUCGCUGUCUUCGCCGAGCACCGGACAGCGCCGUGUUUCUGCACCUCAGCCCCACCACUCACAAGAUCAUAAGUCAGAGCGGAAAGCUGAAGGUCACGGGAUCCCCAGGCCAAGCAGAGCUGAAGGCCUUCCGUCAGCACUUCAAGUGCCAGUGCUACAACGGGACCAAGGGUGAAGGCUGUGAGUGGAGAGGAAAAGGAGGAAAAGGAGAAAGAGAGCAGAGUGGUGCCACCUCUGUUUUAGGGAUGUGGCCUCUCUGCUUUGUUCUCCAACUCGGACUUCUCUCUCUGUUUCAUUGAGGAAACCAAGAAACCAAACUAUUCUCUGGCUCUGCCAGCACCGAAAGGGAAAGUUUUGGUUUUCUGGCCUGAAAACAAAAAUAAACUGCAUUGUGGAAGCAUCA